AUGAAUCAAGAAGCAUGUAGAGGAUGCAGUAAUCCAUUUACUUGUGACUGCAAAGGAAUUGUUGGAGACCCAGGAGAUAAGGGUAUUUUCGGUCAACAAGGACCAGAAGGAGAACCGGGAGAAUUAGGUCCUGAAGGUCCAUUGGGACCAAAAGGAGAAAAAGGAUCGAUUGGUGAUUUUGGUGAAUUUGGUUUAAAAGGUUAUCGGGGCGAUAGUGGUUUACCUGGUUCACUUGGAAUUCCUGGAGUUCCAGGAUAUCCAGGAGCUCCUGGAUCACCGGGAAUUAAAGGUUUGGAAGGAUGUAAUGGAACGGAUGGUAAUUCGGGAUAUGACGGACAAACUGGGGUUCCUGGUGAUCGAGGUCUUCCGGGAGUUGACGGUCAACAAGGAUUGCGAGGAGAUCCUGGAGAUGGAGGUGCAAAUAGUAGAGGACUAAAGGGUGAAAGAGGUGAAUCUGGUAGAGGCAAUAUACAAGGCCCACCUGGUUAUCCUGGAAUUGGUGGACCACAAGGUGACCCGGGCACUCCUGGUAUCCAAGGACCUAUCGGUGAUGACGGACCGAUCGGAGAACCUGGUGAAGAUAGUCAGCCUCGUGCCGGACGGAAAGGUGACAGAGGCGAUCAAGGAGAUCAAGGAGAAGAAGGAAUACCAGCCAAAGAUGAUUCUCCAAUAUACUUAGAUCUGUAUUCAGCAGCCGGAGAUCGCGGUGAACCUGGAGAACGUGGACCAAAGGGAUAUAAAGGCGAACGUGGUUCAAAAGGUCUUAAAGGAAUUUCUGUUAUCGGAGGAUCUAAAGGAGUGAAAGGCUUACAGGGUAAUGCAGGUCAAAGGGGAAAAGAUGGCGCCAUUGGCCCACUUGGACCAUCUGGAAUUAAAGGAGAUAAAGGUGCUCCAGGUUUCGAAGGGACACCGGGAGAAGAUGGAAAUGCCGGUGAACCCGGUGAACCUGGACGUCAAGGAACUCCAGGAAUACAGGGAAUAGAAGGCGAACAAGGAAUAUAUGACCCAAAUUUGGAUGAAAUCAAGAUUGGAGCUGAAGGACCUCAAGGAUCUAUAGGUCCUAUUGGUCCUAAAGGAGAAGAUGGUAGACCAGGACAGAUUGGUCCCCAAGGAAUCAUGGGUCCACCAGGUGAACCAGGCCCACCAGGUACACCUGGAUCUAGAGGUCGAAAAGGCAUAUCCUUAAAAGGAGAACAAGGAGACGAUGGAUUGGAUGGCUUACAAGGAGAACAAGGACCUCCAGGAAACGAAGGACCUAUUGGUCCUAUAGGUGAAAAAGGAUUUCCUGGUACCACAGUUAUAGGACCUCCAGGCGAAGAUGGUAUUUUUGGUCGUCCUGGAUACCGUGGAUUUACAGGAGACCGUGGUGAUCAAGGAUUUAAAGGACCAAAAGGUAAAUCAGCAACUGAGCCCGGAAUACGAAUUAUUGGUCCACCUGGAGCACCUGGUGUCCCUGGAUUUUCUGGUUCACCUGGGAAAAAUGGAUUACCUGGAUUGCCUGGCAGAGCCGGAAAAAAAGGUCCUCGAGGAGAUGAUUGCGGCUAUUGCAGUCCAGGCGAUGAUGGACCAAAAGGAGUAAGAGGUGAUGAUGCACCCGAUGGUCUUCCAGGUGCUAUAGGUCCUAGUGGUAUUGUUGGAGCACGUGGAGUUAAAGGAAUAAAAGGCAAUCAAGGACCACCAGGUCACAAGGGAUUAAGUGGAAGACCAGGUUCCGUGGGAAUUGCUGGUGAUUUUGGAAUAAAAGGAGACAUGGGAAGCAUAAUAUUUACUUUUGACAGAGAUGAAAUGAUUACUGUAGGAGACCCAGGUCCACCAGGAUAUCCAGGAUUUGAUGGCAAAAAGGGAUUCCCAGGCUUACCGGGUCUUCCGGGACUUCCUGGUGAUAUUGGACCAAAAGGAUUGAAAGGUCAAUUUGGGGAUCAAGGAUUACCAGGCAUGGAUGGCCGUCCUGGUAGACAUGGCCAACCCGGGCAGAAAGGAGAUUAUCCAGAUGGUCUAAAUCCUUUUGACUUAACUGGCGAACGCGGAUAUCCUGGAAAUCCUGGUAUACCUGGGGACAGUGGUGAAAGUGGUGAUGAAGGUCCACAAGGAGAACCUGGUGAUUCUAGUAAACUAAUUGUAGAGCUUCGAGGGGAAAAAGGCAAUAAAGGCGAAUUUGGUGAAAAAGGCUUAAAAGGAAUUAAAGGUCUGCGAGGACCAAUAGGAGAUCAAGGUGAAAUUGGACUCUCAGGCAUUGUUGGACCUCCUGGUUAUACAAUCGAUGGACCUCAAGGAUUGAAAGGAUAUUCUGGAAUUCCAGGCGAUCAAGGAUUAAAAGGAAUAGAAGGAAAUCCCGGAAAACCUGGUCCACCAGGAUUACCAGCAUUACCUGCUCAAAAAGGAGAUCGUGGUGACCCUGGUCAAAAUAUAUUAAUUGGAGAGAUCGGUGAUUAUGGUCCUAAAGGAGAAAAAGGUGAACCUGGAGAAGAAGGAAUUGGUGGCUCUGUAGGUUAUCCUGGUCUAGAUGGAUUAAUUGGUUCUAAAGGUCAAAAAGGAAGUCCUGGCAUAACAGGUCUAGUCGGAAAAAAAGGUAUUAAAGGUGAACAAGGAAUAUCCAUUAGAGGACCACCUGGAUUCCCUGGAGCACCUGGAUUAAGAGGUUUACAAGGUUUCUUUGGUGAACCUGGUCCAAAAGGAAUUGACGGAGAAGAUGGUGUUAAUGGAACAAAAGGCUCAAGAGGAGAUUGGGGAUCACCUGGUUUAAGAGGAUUAAUUGGUGACAAUGGUCCUAUUGGAAUACAAGGAAGACAUGGUUUUCUUGGAAAAAUAGGAGACUUGGGUCCAGUUGGUGAUAUCGGUGACAUUGGAUUACAAGGAGCUAAAGGAAUUUCUGGAAGACCCGGUUUAUUCGGCAUAAUUGGUGAUAAAGGAAGCCGAGGCGAUUUUGGUAUGCAAGGAUUGCCUGGGCUUGAAGGUCCAAUAGGUGAAAAGGGUCUAACAGGUGAUCAAGGACUACCGGGACUUCCUGGUAUUAGAGGAGAUUAUUCUUUUAGCGGUCCACAAGGAGAAACUGGUGCUAUAGGAAGAGAUGGAGAAAUCGGUCUAAUGGGUUUCCAUGGAUUAGAUGGACAAAAAGGUAAACGUGGUGAUAUUGGAAUAUCAGUUGAAGGAAGACCCGGUGAUAAAGGUACCAAAGGAGAACCUGGAAUUGAUGGUAAACCUGGACAACACGGAAGAAUGGGUUUGAUGGGAGAUCUUGGUUUAUUAGGAGAAAAAGGUGUCAAAGGAGAGGAAGGUCCAAAAGGUUAUCCUGGAUUAAAAGGACGUUCAGGAUUACCAGGUGUCGAAGGACCUCCAGGAUUAAGUGGAAAGCCUGGUUUGAAGGGUCUUAAAGGUGAUCAAGGAUUUGAUGGAUUCCCUGGUGAUAUUGCAAAACCUGGGUUGCCUGGUGAUCAAGGAUAUAGUGGUCCGUAUGGUCCAGUUGGUCCCAAAGGAAUCAAAGGAAUCACUGGAGAUCCGGGUUAUGAAGGAUACACGAUUGGAACAAAAGGAGAUAUUGGAGAACAAGGUUAUACUCCUUUGAGAGGUGAUGUUGGAGAACCUGGAUUACCAGGAUUAUUUGGAAUAAAAGGACCUAAAGGUAUGAUGGGAGAUAUUGGACCCAAGGGUUUCGUUGGAUAUCCAGGAUUACCAGGAAUAAAAGGAGAAGAAGGAGACAUUGGUCCUGAAGGCUUACCAGGUUUACCAGGCUUAAAUCCAGAGCAUGGUGAAAGAGGAAAUAAUGGUAUAGAUGGAGCUCCGGGAAGAUCUGGGAUCGAUGGACAAAAAGGAGCACCCGGAGAAUAUGGAGAUGACGGGGUUAACGGAAAUUCUGGCCCCCGAGGAAUCAGCAUAAAAGGAAUUAAAGGAAAAUCUGGUCGUAGAGGUAUAUCGAUCCAAGGUAAUCGUGGUCGAGAUGGUGAACCAGGAAUUAAUGGAAUGACUGGCAAAACGGGUUCAAAAGGUAUGAAAGGUGAACCUGGUCGAGUACGUUAUAGUGACAAAGGUGAAAUUGGUGAUGUUGGUCGGCCUGGUUUAAAUGGGUAUUUCGGUGAAAAAGGUGAUAUUGGAGAAACGGGACCCGAAGGACCACAAGGUUACGAUGGAAUAAAAGGUGUACGUGGUGUUAAUGGACUGCCUGGUCCUCCAGGAUUAAUAGGCAUCCCUGGUUUAAAAGGCAGAAAAGGAGAAAUUGGAGACACAUUUUAUUAUAAUGAAACUCAAUUAAAAGGAGUACGUGGUGACGAUGGAUAUGCAGGAAUAGCAGGUUUACCAGGACUUCCUGGUGAUGAUGGAUUUAAUGGACGUGAUGGUUUACCUGGAGAUCAAGGUGAACCUGGUUACCCCGGUUCACCAGGAAUUAGAGGUUUUAAAGGUCUUAAAGGAAAACCAGGUAUACCGGGACUACAAGGAAGAACUGGUGCUAGAGGAUUUCCGGGUCGACCUGGGCAAGCGGGCAUUCCAGCCUUGCCGACAAGACCACCACCCCAUCGUGGUAAUUUCUUCACAUAUCAUUCCCAGACGGACGUCGUUCCAAACUGUCCAAAGAACACUGUUCAACUUUGGUCUGGUUACUCACUCUUACAUUUCAUGGGUGACGCUAAAGCACAUGGACAAGAUUUAGGUGCACCCGGUAGUUGUCUAAGAAAAUUCAGCACCAUGCCUUUCUUGUUCUGUAACUUGAACGAAGUAUGCGAUUACGCGAGUAGAAGCGAUUACAGUUACUGGCUCAGUACGUCAGAACCAAUGCCUUUGAUGAUGACGCCAAUAGUAGGAUUAGAUAUAUCACAAUACAUAUCGAGGUGUUCCGUAUGUGAAGCUCCCACAAGGGUAAUCGCUGUGCACAGCCAAUCGAUGGUAAUACCCGAAUGUCCAAAUGGUUGGUACGAGCUGUGGACUGGAUAUAGUUUUAUCAUGCACACCGAUGCUAACGCUGACGGUGGUGGUCAAUCGUUGGUCAGCCCUGGUUCAUGUCUAGAAGAAUUUAGACCUAGGCCAUUCAUCGAGUGCCAUGGAAUAGGUCGUUGUAACUUCUUUACCACCGCGUAUUCAUAUUGGCUGGCUACCAUCGAAGAUCAACAGAUGUUCAGAAAGCCAAGACCACAGACGCUUAAGGAGAAUUCGUUGAAAAAACGUAUUAGUAGGUGCGCGGUGUGCUUAAGAAAUUAAUCAUUUUUACUGUUUUCAUUAUUAUACUACUAACUUAUACGAAUAUUCUUAUAUGUGUCAAACAAUAAUGUGUUCAGUUUGAAAACAAACUUGUUUCUCUUAUUUUUUAAAUAUGUAUAAAUAUUACUAUAUAAAGAUA